AUGGAACCAGUGAUACACCCACUGCCGCACGACGAGUCUUCAUUCGCCUCGAGGCGUGCUGCCUUUGAACGCACGCGCCGGUUGCAUGCCGGCACGCUUAACAUAUUUGCUGAGGAAGACCCCACGACUGCAACAACGGUCACCCCGCAUGUGGCACGCCGCUCGCACCACAACGACGAGUCGCACGAAACGCGGGAGUUCUUGUGGGCGCGCUUGCGGCGCGUCACGCCGCCGAGGCACCCGGAAACGCCGCGGGGUAUUCAUCACGUGGAAAAUGCUGCAGGAAAGCAGCAGAACAUUCAGGUUGUAGGUAUCACUGACGCGUACAAGAACCCGAAGAACAUGCCGCCACCACGCAGUGGCUUACGCUGCGUGGCGCGAAGCAACUCGUCGUCAGUGCGGGACAUUAUUUCACGUCCGGAAAGUGUUGAAAAUAAGAGAGGCAACAGUCGGCCACCGUCACGCGUCGUCAGUUACAGUCAGCAGGAGCGCUUCUGCCAGGCAGUGCGUGAUCAUGUGCAGCACCGACGGGGCGGCGUAACGGCGUUCUAUGUCGGCCUUGCACGUGGUCUUGUGGGUCGCGUUGCGGCGGAGGCUCCGUUGGGGACGCCGCGUCAUUGGCAUUUGGAGGAUUUGCCCCCGACGCACACAUUGACUCUUGGCAGUUGCAGGGAUCAACUGCAGUCACUGACGGGGAUUUCCAUCUCUCUAGGAGACCUGGCGGAGAUGUUAUGGAACCCGAAGGAAAACAUUGCCCCAUCUGUCGACGACGAACCCAGCGAGGAGCAGCUCCGUCACAUGAAAGUCACGUACCGUGACUUCUCUGCGGCCUUUGGUGAUAAUGCCGAAAACAACAAACUUGCUGCUUUCAAGAUAUAG